UGGAUUUGUACCGGUGGUGGAGACAUAUCUACAUUCCACACUCUCCCUUUUCUCCUAUUUCAGCUGAAAUUUUGCGAUUCCGAAGAAAGCAAGAAGAAUUAAUUGUUGCUCAUUAAUUGGGCCCUAAAAGACAAGCUUGUUUUUCGCGUUCAACAAGGAGAGUUUCCAAGAGGGUGAAAUGCUGCUUGCCUCUUCCGAAUUUCUAAAUCGAGCCUAAUCCACUGGUGGAUUCUUGUAUUCUGCCGAGAAAUUACAACAAAUCUAAGCCGCCCAAAAUCCAAAUGACGAGCAAGGCUUAUUUGCAACAAACUGGUGAGAGAGCUAGUCCCCAGAUGUCUGCGUAACAGAGCACACUGCCCUGCCCAGCUUGCCGAUCCUAAUGAUUAUUCCGGUCGCUCUGCCGUUCACCUUUAUGAAUUCAGUCAACCAUCGGACUUGACCCGGAUUUUAUCGGCACCAAGAACAAUAUCGAUUGCGACCAAGUAAAAGGUUACCUGUAGUGUUUCAGCAUUUUUCUCUGUCACAAACCAACCAUGACCAUCGUCACCGGUCUGCACAGCAGCUUCGUUUCUCAGAUCACAGGCUACAUUAAAAGAGGGUAUCCCAGUUUUUGUGGUAUGAAUCACUUGUCAAGAGGGAGUGCGGUGAUGUUAUGAAUCUAAAGCCAAUCUUGUCUCCCGAAGUAUACACCAUUUACCGUCGGCUAAGGAACCAUAUUUUCUAGUAAGAGCACUGGACUUCGUUUCAUGGGGUGCACAAAGUUUUGAUGCCUUCUAUCACUUUCUAAAGCCUUAAAUCUGAUUCUUUUAAGGUAUGGCAAGAAGUAGAGACAGAACUGAGGAUUUUAAGGACACUGUUCGCUCUAUAGCUCUUUCUCUAGGAUAUAAUGAGUCCAAAACGGCAGCUAUAUUAGCAUCCUUCAUUAUGCAUAAACCUCGCCAAAGAUCAACUUUUACCAAAGCUGCUCUUAGAACGCUCGAAAGCAUCAAAACUCUGGAACAGUUCAUCCUGAAGCACCGGAAGGAUUAUGUGGAUCCACAUCGCACCACUGAACAAGAAAGGGACAGCAUUGAGCAUGAAGUUAGUGUCUUCAUAAAAACUUGCAAAGAACAGAUAGAUAUUCUCAAAAAUAGGAUACAUGAUGAAGAUACAAGUGGGAAGUCAAAGGCAUGGCUUACCAUGCGGAGUGAUAAUUCUCAUGUUGAUAUUGUAGCCCACAAACAUGGUGUGGUUUUGAUUUUAAGUGAGAAACUUCAUUCAAUCACGUCUCAGUUUGACCAACUAAGGGCCAUACGCUUCCAGGAUGCUGUUAAUAAAGCAAUGCCAAGACGAAAAAUGCACCAGGUUACCAAUUCAAAUUCACCAAUUAUCACUAAAUCUAAUCAGUCAGAGGUCAAGGAGCCAGAUGAGCUCCCAUCUGAACAUCAAAGAGUUCAGCAGCAAUUCUUGGAUGAUGAAACACGUGCUCUUCAGGUGGAGUUGACAAAUCUUUUAGAUACUGUUCAAGAAACUGAAACUAAAAUGGUGGAGAUGUCCGCAUUAAAUCAUCUGAUGGCCACACAUGUUCUUCAACAGACUCAACAGAUAGAGCUUCUGUAUGAACAGGCAGUUGAAGCUACAAAGAACGUGGAAAUGGGUAACAAAGAGAUCUCUCAAGCCGUUCAGCGCAACAGCAGUAGCAGAACUUUUCUUUUGCUUUUCUUAUUUGUACUUACUUUCUCAAUCCUGUUUCUGGACUGGUACAACUAAAUCUUUCUGCAUUUCCAUAAUAUUUUGGUUAUUCACAUCCUUUUCCUUACUUUUUUACCUUCCCUGUAUUUUUUUAUUGGAAUAUAGUUUUCAAUGCAUUCAUGACAAAGGUAAGUGGAUUUUCUUA